AUGGGUAUCAACAAAUCAGUUUGUCUCUUUGUGCCAUUGGGCAUCUGUCUUGGCCCCCUUGCUGCCGAUGCAUUUGUGGGAUCCCCGAGCCGAGUCCGCCUGUUGGGGCCAAUCCAUCACCAUGAACAGGCGUCAUUUCCAAGCAGCAGCAGCAAGACAGCGAAUUUCCUGCAAACAAACGUGAAUCCUUCUGAUGCCACCAGACUCUUCAUGUCUACGAAAGCAGCUGCCACCAAGCGCACUGGAAGGAAACGCCUUGCGACAGCCAUGGCAUUUUUGACUGGAUGGGCCAAUCUGACCAUUUUCACCAAAUUCAAGACAUUUGCCUCCAUGAUGACGGGCAAUUCCAUGUGGAUGGCCGUUGCUUUGACAGAGAAAAACUUUGUCGAUGUGGCCUACUAUCUCUCGGUAUUGGCGGCGUAUUUGUUUGGCACGGCUUUGUUUCGUCGCACUGACUUAUCCUACCGAAAGCAAACAUUGCCUGUCUGCGCGGCCAUGACGGCCGGUUUGUUUGUAUUGGGAGACUUGAUCCACUACAAAUAUCUAGUUGGCAGCAGGUGGAUCCCCAUGCUUCUGUUUUCUACAGCAUUUGGAAUAACCAACUCUUUGGGUAUGGAGGUCACCGGUACACUCAACUUUGUCAUUACAGGACACUACACAAAACUAAUCAACACUCUGGUGGAUCGAGUUUCCAGAACUGCCGGACGAAAGCGUCUCAGCGAGGCACAGCGCAGCGUAGUCGCACAAAAUGCAGCAAUUAUCGGAGGAUUCUUUGGUGGCGCCGUGUUUGCCAGCAUACUCAUGGCUUGCAAGCUAUUGGAUCGCUUUGGGGUCUUUUCUGCCAUUGGUUUGAUACAUGCUGUUCUCUGGAUGAUACACGACAUGGAAGCCUUGGGAGGGGCUUGGUGGUUGCGAAGAGAAGGAGCCAUGUGUGAUAUCACCGAUGAUGGGGAAUUGUGCGAUCUCCCAGAAGACGAGGAGGGCAAAGCAAUCAACGGGAAGUCCACGGUGGGCACUGCUGCCGCAGGAGCUGUUCCUGUGACGGGUUCUACCAGCUAG